AUGGGUCUGCUGCCUAAUGACAUGCACCAGUUGGUGAUGAAUGCACAGGAACAUUUGCAUAACCACAAUGAGACAGUUUAUGGCAUUGCAGAGCAAACAGAGGAGGAGGAAGUGGAGGAGGAGGAGGACGCGGACAUGGUGCUCAAGCGAGAGUCACCAACCUCAAUGGCCGAUGUGGAGGAGCUGAAUGUGGCUGUGGAUGGGUCAGUGGACUCACCUGCCGCCGCUGCCGCCGCCGCCUCGCCCACUCAGACACUGGUCAGCAGCUCCAUCUCCGGCGCCUGUACGGCGGACAAUCGGUCGCCGGCGGAAGGCAGUCCAGCCAGGUCACCGGUGGCCCUGCUCAGUGGCCCCCUGCCCACUGGACACUGCAGUGCACUGAACAGCGUCAGCAGCAGCAGUGGCAGUGCCCUGGCGCACAACAAAAUCAAGCAACGCCGCUCACGGACCAACUUCACCCUGGAGCAGCUGAACGAGCUGGAGCGACUCUUUGAUGAGACGCACUACCCGGACGCCUUUAUGCGCGAAGAGCUCUCCCAGCGACUGGGACUGUCUGAAGCCCGUGUUCAGGUAUGGUUUCAAAACCGACGAGCGAAAUGUCGCAAGCACGAAAGUCAACUUCAGAAAA